AUGGGUGACGCUGGAGCUAGCCAAAGCGGCGAAACCUCGGGCUUGCCACCCUUAGGCAAUUCUACUCACUUAGAGUCUUCGAUUUCGGUUUCGAGCAGCCCUCCUGGCACAGACACGGAGCCAACCCCUGCCAUCGAUCCACCGCUCACCGACACAGCCCCUGGCAGAAUGGAACAAAGGCAGCUGUUCUUGAACCAUUUUCAUGCUGCGAUUAUCAGGGAGGAGCUUUCAACUAUCCGAAACCCCAAGGCGGCUUGUUCAAAAUUGACAAAAACCAUGCGAAAAUUGAUCCAAGCGAACAACUACAAAUCUAUAGAGGACGGCAAAGAGUACAAGUACAAAUGGAACAGCAUCUCUACCUAUUAUCUGCUCAAGAAUUGUUAUGAAAUAGGUCCGUUUCUGGGGUUUGAAAAUCUGCGAAACAAUUCUUCUCCCAAACUAGAACAGAGCAGUUUGAUGUCCCUUAAAUGGUGCUGUGUCUUGUACAACCUUUUGAUGUCAAUGCCAUUCGAAGACAAGAUUAUUCCCACCGAGGCACAGCUCAAGACUCGUUUCAAAUAUUUGUUAGAUGGCGCGCACGCCAAAAUUUAUACCAGCACGACCGGUGACAAAAAAAUCCCUUUCUCCAUGACAGGUGUUGACAAGAUAGAUCGUAUUUUGGAAGAUCUCACAAGGUUGAAGAAUAAAGCGGACAAGCAGAGAAUAUUACUUCAAAAACAAGAAAUAGAGCGCCAGAAUCGCAAAAAUAGUAUCGGUCGAACGAUAAGCAAUGAUGGCCCUCCUCGACUUGCGAAGAAGAUUGACGAUUCAGAUUUCGACGGCUCUUUAUCUCGGGUGCAUGACGCCAAUGCUCUCGAUUCUAAGGCAAUUUCAGAAACGCCGAUGCCAAGUCUUCGCGCGGUGGCAACCGUGGUAGAUGCACUUUUGAGACCGUUGUCUUUUGACGCAGCGGCCUCCACUGGAAAUUUUGCAACGCUUUUAAACCAGUCAAUGCAAAAUCAGCAUGAACAAGAAGAUGUGCGAGUUCGAUUACGAGAGAGGGAAAUAGUCGUCCAAGAAACUAUGGUUCCAAUUGAGAGGGACAAAUUGCAGUUGAGCAGGGACGAGUUGCAGCUUGAAAAGGACAAAUUGCAGCUUGAGAGAGAGAAAUUGCAGCUUGAGAGAGAGAAAUUAAAGCUCGAAAGGGAAAGAUUAGACUUCCAGAAAGAAAAACUUAAAAGUGACGAAAAAAGAUUGCACUUUUUGAAGGUCGUAACGCUCUCACAGUUUUACGGGGAUUCUAAGAGCCCUGUGAAGCCCUUGCCAGACAUCGAAACUUUGCUACAAGAACAAUUGCUUUCACUAGCCAAAAAGACCGGUGACGCAUCAAACGACUAA